AUGAAACGCUCACGCGAGCCCGAAGAGGACGACGAACCGUCCUCCACCACUGAUCAAGACGUCGCAAUCGUCCCUGUCUCCAAGUUCGUUGGCCUCGACAUCGACAACACGCAUCACGAUCCCACACCCGAUAUAAAGUGCUCCCUACCUGGUCACGGCCCCGGCCUGAGCUUCGACACAUAUCAAGACUACGAAUCACAUUACCACAAGGCGCACACAAAUCGUUGCAUCGACUGCAGAAAGAACUUCCCUUCUUCGCACAUCCUCAACCUACACAUCAAAGAGUUUCACGAUGCCCUGACCGAGCUGCGAAAGGAGAAGGGAGACCACGUUUACUCCUGCUUCGUUGAAACAUGCGUCGAAAAGCGGAAAACGCCGGCCGAGAGGCGAGCCCAUCUCAUCGAGACGCAUAAAUACCCCACCAACUACUUCUUCGCAGUGACAAAGGCUGGAGUCGAUCACCGCCAGUCCAUGCUGGUUCAUCGUAGUGAAAGCAAGCCACGAGCAAACCAGCGCAACAACCCGCGUCACCAGGGACAGAAGGAGGGCAAGAAGCACACUAAAAACGCCGCACCGAAGACGAUAGGGGGCAGCGACGUCCAAAGCACAGCGUCCAACGACGAUGGCGUGAACGACAGCGUAGCACAGCCUGCGGAUGUCCCGAUGGGCGGAUCAGACGAUCCAGGCCCUCAAGACCAGACAGGCUACGCAGACACUAGCAGCGGCAACACCAUAGGUAUUUCCAAGGGUGACGAUGAGGAGCCGCCACGGCGUGCAUCGAUAAGCCAGUCAGGUCAACAGGCUGGCGACGACCGCGAGGCGUCGUUUCUUCAGGAUACGGACAUGGAGAACUUAACAGGGGCCAUGUCGUCACUGAGAUUCGUCCCCAGAAAUAUUCGACUUGGCUCGAAGAAGUCCAACUUGUCUCAUCGGUAG